AUGAGCACCCCCACGGUUCGGACAAAGCCAACAACAAUUCUAGAAGGUUUACAACGACUCCGGCCCACAUUCCUUGUGGCAGAGAUCCUUGCCCGUUUCAGCCGUGAGAUAUCAGGAACCGAAGACCUUGACGAUAGCCUCGGGGAUCUAUCGAUGGACAGAGACUCCUACAUUCCCGACGACCGAGAUGGGAGUGAGGAGCAUAAAUGGCAACCGGAAGGCUCCCAUCCGCACGUCUUGGAGCUGAGGGCGCACUAUAUACGGGAUCAAACAGCGAUACGUGCUCUAGAGGCACGGGAAGAGGUUAAAGAACCGGAAGUAGAUCUAAGUAUCGAGAUCGACGAGAUCCCUCAGCCGAGAUGGAGGAUCCAUGACAGAGUUCCACAAGUUGGUGUAAGUCAAACAUCAAUCAACACUACCGCGAGCUUGCAUAUCGCUAGCCACUGGACACAGAAAACAUGGAGCGCCGUCCUCGAGCUGAAAAAGACUAAAGCUCUUGAAAACGCCUGCCCGUAG